AUGGUGUUUGGCAAGGCAGUGGUGCCUCCACCUCGCGGACCCCUCCAAGCGAGCUGGGAGCCCAACUUUCGACCUGCCAUACCCAGCAUCCUCUUCUGCGUCCUAUGGCUCUUCUUUCUCUGCCUCACUCUGCCAUCUCGAUCGCCAACAUGGCGUCUCAUUCGCCUCGCAUCUUUCCCAGCGCUGGCAUCCGUCUCAAUACCGCUCGCAUUCGACCGUCGAAUCACUUGCGGCAAUCCGCUGCGUGACUUGGCCAUCCCCACCGUCACCUGGACGCUCAUGUGCAAGAUCGUCGAGAUCUGCCUCGUCUACUCCAAGGGAGGUCCUCGACCCAUCCGGCCCUUCGUCAAGAACGCCCAGCGUCCCGUGUACGAGAUACAAAUGGGCUACACCCAGUACGAGUGGAAGGAGGUCGACUUUCCGAAGCUCUGGUCGUGGGGUCGGUUGGUCUACGGCAUUGACGUGCUCCUAUUAAGACGUCCAGGUACCAGUCUUCUCCUGCCCAAGCAAGGAAGAGCGCUGGAGUGGUCUAAAAAGGGCUUGAACGAAUGGUCGCGCCACCUCAACGUCCAUUGGUGUCGGCCUGAGGAUAUUCCGAUCCAUGCGCCUGUUCGACGAUUCGGGCAGCCAGAGAUGCCGCUCUGGACAGGCCUGCUGCAGACCCUUGCGAUGUGGGUAUCUUUCCGAUGGCUGUACGCUCUGUCUGCUCCGACGUCGGAACUCAUCUCGGUCCUAGGCCUCUACGUGCCCGUGGACUCACCACGAUCUCACGCCUUCUGGCACGCGAUCUUGCCAUCGACUUUUACCAAGAAGCACUUUGUCCUGCUAGGAACCCCAUCGAGCAUCACCGAGCUGCCCUUUCUGACCGGCAUCAUCGCGGUUGCUUCGGUGGGAGGCGCGAUCUUCCUCGCCCCGGGCUUCCUCGAGAGCAUCGUUCUGCUCUUCUGGAGACCAACACCGGCAACCUGCUUCCUCUCCUCCUUCGAGCGGCCUUUGACGUCGCCCAGCAUCGCGCGUCUGUGGGCGCGAAGCUGGCACGCCACUUCGCAGCGGGACUACCUCAACAUGGCCUCGAUCAUGCCGUUCUCCCGCCAACCCGCAUUGCAGACGCUCUACGUCUUCUUCUGGUCCGGCGUGCAGCAUUCGAUUAUGUUCGCCCGACUUCGCGUGAGUCCCACCGCGAAGCUUAGCCUGCCCACGUUGCUAGCUGGGAUGAUCGAUGUGGGCAUGGUGACGUUCUUUGUCAGCCAGGGGCUUGGGAUUUUGCUCGAGAGAGCCGUACUCGAUGCUCUGCCGACAGGAUGGAAGAAGCACAGGAAGGCGAUAGCGUUUGCGAGGAGGGUGUGGAUGUUCACAGUGCUGUUGGGACCCGGGUCCUUGUUUUUGGACAGCAUAUUGCAGAAGCAGGUCAUGACCAAGGACAUUUUGGAGGGCUUCACGGUGAAGAGCUUGGGAUUGAUGCUUGCUGGAAAGGCAUAUGGACCGAGUGCGUGA